CAUGGCGGCCAAAGCACGCUUCGACCAAUAGCGACUUUGACAUCAAUUUUUUUACAAUCAUGGUAAAUCUUACAACAAUUGCUCAAGGUAGGAAACCUCUUCUUAUCUAUGGAGUCAAAAGAGGCAAGGUUCCGACGAAACUUCGUCCACAUAUGGUUCCCAAACCGCGAACUCUUGGAGAGGGAAGUUGUAUGAAUGAGAUGUUCAAGCUCAUGGCAUGCUGGAAUAGCAACGGAUUUAUCGACACCCACUGCCAAGAAGAAAUCAGUUUGUUUCUCGACUGUCUUUCUAGUCAGACAGGCACACAAAAAUCUUCCUCUGCCUGGACCAUAGAGGAAAUAAAUGCUACACUUAAGAGACACACUCCUCAUAUAAAGAAAAGGCAGAGUCAUGAGUUUGACACCUAUACUGGGGAAAAAACAGACUAGGGAUAGAACAGAGCUGACAAGGAGCCCUCAGAAGAGACUGCCACAGUAAUCUGUGGAUUUCCAUGUUCUGCAAUUGACCAGGCUCUUUAUAAAUUAAGAGUGAUUUUUGAUGAAGUCUUUUAAUUUAUAAGGUAAACAUCACAAGGAGAUGUGAACUGGCUGGAUAGCACAAAAAUGUGGGGGGACAAGUUACUUUUGGCAUGGCUUUUAUUACUGAUUAAGAGGUUGAGGUGACUCACAGAGUGAUGAGAUGGUUCAAGUCUUUACACCUUUGUCAAAAGAGCUGAUCAACUUUGUCUUUGGAUCAAUCAACUUUGUCUUUGGAUCAAUCAACUCUGUAUCAUGAUCAAUCACAGAAAAUGGAGAUGCAGUCAUACAGAAUCACACAGAGGCUCUAAUAUGUUUAACACUCUUUUGACAAUCCGUACUUUACAUGAAUUUGUACUGCUUGUAAGAUGUAAAUGUGAGAGAUACACAAUUCAACUUUAAAAGAACUUUUUGUGCAGAUUUAAAGAGGCCGAAGAAAUACAAAAUAUUGUGUAAUCUACCAGUUCAUAUGAUAUCUGUAAAAAUGUGCAGGUGAGUCAAAUUGGAGACAUUUUCUAACAGACAGACAGACAGUACAGUCAAACCUGUUUUAAGUGGUCACCCACAGGGAAUGGCAGGGUGACAGCUUACUACAGGUGGACCUCUUCAGGGGCGUAGCCAGGAUUUUUCAAAGAGGGGGUCACAGAGGCUACUCACAAGAUUGUCAUGUCGACCUACACGCCAUGCUUGUCAAACAGGAUCAAAAUGUCGAAGACAGAAUUUAUAUAUUGAGUUGCCAUAUUUAUGUCCAAAUUUCAAUAUAUAUAUUCAAAGAGCAAUAUUUACCUCCAAAAACUGUAAUAUAUAUGUUCAAAUGCUAUAAUUUAUUCUUCUGAGUUAUUUUCUCGAUUUAUAUAUUUCUUUCGUGUCGAUAUAAAUAUUUCACCCAGUAUUUCGACAAAUAUAUUUUUUAUGUUAAGUGCGUUAUGUAAUUCAACUUUGGAAUCUCUCUAUGCGUCAUCUAAGUACCUAAUGAAAUGUCCGCUAUCACGUGAGCGCGAAUAAAGAACAGCAUGGCUUUAA